AUGGCAUGCAGCGGUACCUCAUUGACUCCUCUGGCCCAAUAUGCGAAAUCCUUGCAGACCAGCCGAGCCGAUGCUGUUCCCAUGCAUUUCCCCAUGUACACGGUGCCUUUGCACACUUUGAUGGAGAUGACCAAGGUCGAGCCUCACGAAGUGCUGAAGGCCAAAGACAUGCUGGUGGACUUUCAAAGGCCCAUGGGCAACGCCGCGUUUGUUUCGCACCAGUGGGUCGGCUCUGACCACCCCGACCCGGAGUUCAAGCAGAUGAGGGUGUUGCAGGAGGCACUCAGGGAAAUGAAGAAUGGCAACCUGCAGAGCAUACCUGUGGAACUUGCUUCUGAAGCCGCAGAAGGACAUAUAAAGCCCCUGCCAACAUCAAGGCUUCUGUCCGAACCGUUGUUUUUCUGGUAUGACUAUUUCUCCUGCCCGCAGAAAGAUCGGUUGAGUCGAAGCAUGACAUCACUUUUCUCUCCUGAGGGCGAGUCUGGAAGCAAGCUGUUGAAUGCCAUCAACAGCAUACCAGCCUAUGUGCAAGAGAGCUCCUUCUUUUUCGCGCUUGUGCCUGUCUUAGAAAAUCCGCACACCUGCAACUUGAUCACGCCUCUGACUUGGCAGUCCCGAGGAUGGUGUCGCCUUGAGAGAACUUGCGGAGAACUGUCUCAGCAACACUCCUGUAUCAUGGUGAAAAGCCCCAAGGACGUUGAGCUCAUAGCAGGUACUUGUGCAUUCCUUCGCGCCGGAUGUGGUCCGGUGGGUGAGGGCGUCUUCACUGUGCCGCAGGAUCGCUUGAAGCUUGGACCAGUUCUCGUGGCAGCACUGAAACGCCGAAUGCUUCGCUUGCUCAAAGACCAGGACUUGCCGGGGUACCGUGCGCUCUUGAACCAGCAGCACAUGUUGCUCAGGGGAAUGAAUCGUCAGGCCGCCGAGCCCUUCUUGGACUUCGAAGACGACCCGUUUGCCUUGGAUUUGGGGGACUCCUCCCUCGUUACCACCUUCUUCCAGCAGAACGGCUUCCGCAGCGUGAGGGAGAUCGACUCCGGGGGCUGGUCCCCUCUUCACUACGCCGCCCUGAAAGGGGACCCCUUGCUGGUGGAAGAUCUGCUUAAGAUCCAGGCAGACCCGAACCAAGGAAGCAAGAAAGUCCACCCGGCCAUCGGACAGCCUGCCGGGACUCCGCCUUUGUCCAUUGCUUGCAUCUUCAAGAACAAUGAGGCCGCGAAGCUUCUCCUCUCCGCAAAAGCACGAGUUGCAAGUCGCAUGUUCGUCCGUGGCCCUUUCAACUGCGCAGCCCACGCAAACAACACGGAAGCCAUCCAGAUUCUCUGCCAGGCUGGGUGCAGUCCGGCUCAAACGAAUGUCUUUGGCAUUAGCGUCAUGGAUGGUGCUGCCUAUCAUGGAGCAUUGGAAGCCAUAGAUGAGCUUCUUUCUCAGAGCACUGCAAGUGCCCUCAAUCCAACUUCUGCCCUCUAUAAUGCAGCGAUGGGGGGCGGGAGUGCUGAUGUGGUGCACCGACUGCUCGAAAUGAGGGCAAGCCUGAAUGCACAGACAGAUGAACACUGGAAGCGCACGGCAAUGAUUCGGACAUUAUACAAAGUGAAGGUCCUGCAACACCGCCUUGGCAAGGUCACCAUGGUAAGCAAGAUCUUAUACCACGCAAAAGGCGCGACUCCUUUGAUGAUCGCCUUGCUGACUGGAGCGCACGAAUGCGCUGCAGCUUUGAUUGCUGCAGGAGCAGAUCUGACUCCACGGAACUCGAGGGGAUGGACUGCAGCGGACUUCUUACAAGGGCAUUCCGCGCCAGAGUUCUUGCGCGAGGCCUUCGAAGGAAGAGUGGAAGCCUGUCAGAGGGUCUCACAACUCUCGCGUGGCUGGGUCACAGUGAGGAUUUAG